GCUCAGACCAUAUUCGAGAGAAAGAUGGGGUAUGGGCAGUUUUGGCUUGGCUCUCUAUUCUUGCCAAUAAGAAUAAGGAUAACCUUGGGGGAGAAAAGCUUGUGAGUGUUGAAGACAUAGUUCGCCAACACUGGGCAACCUAUGGACGGCACUAUUACACUCGAUAUGAUUAUGAGAAUGUCGAUGCGGCUGGAGCAAAGGAGCUAAUGGCUCAUUUGGUCAAGCUGCAAUCCUCCCUCGAUGAAGUGAACAAGAUAAUAAAGGGAAUACAUUCAGAUGUUUCAAGUGUUGUUCAUGGUGAUGAAUUCGAGUACAAGGACCCAGUUGAUAGUUCCAUCUCAAAACAUCAGGGUAUCCGGUAUCUGUUUGAAGAUGGCUCACGAUUGGUUUUCCGUCUCUCUGGAACUGGCUCAGAAGGCGCUACCAUCCGUGUUUAUAUCGAGCAGUACGAGAAGGAUCCAUCUAAGAUCGGGAGAGAUUCUCAGGAAGCACUUGCUCCAUUGGUGGAGGUUGCUAUUAAGCUGUCAAAGAUGCAGGAAUUCACUGGCCGUUCUGCCCCAACUGUAAUAACAUAAAUACAUAUUGCCUCAUGUAAUCCUUUCUGUACUUUAGAAAUAAGUGGUCCUAGUGUCCUCAUUCAAGGACUGCUGGAAAAUGCACCAUAUUCAAUAGUCUUUCAAAAAAGAAGAUGCAAUGUAUCAGUUUUUUGAGUUCUGUAGUGAGUUUUUUUUUUUCAGAAUAGACAAGCAGCGAAUUUAUCGUAUUUUCGAUGAUAAUGGUUCAAGUGAAUCUCAACAAUCAGUACGGGUUUUCAUAUUUUUCA